AUGUCCGGUCCCCAAGUCUACCUCACCUGGCCAAACGCCUUCACACCCUUCCCCAAGGCUCUACCACCGACGCUCCCACCACCGGUCAAGGAACGCACCUUCCGCUCACCGUUCGGCAUCGAGAAGAACCUGUUCAACGCCGUGCUCGAGCCAUGGAUUCCUUUCACCUUCGCGGCCGUCUACAUUGUCACCAUCUUCUCCCUGAACGCGUACAACAGGAGCCGGGAUAACAAGCCAUGGUGGAUCGCCAAGCAGAAGCCCUUCCAAUGGUUCGUGGUCGUUCACAAUAUCCUGCUGGCUUUCUACUCCUUCGCGACCUUCGCUGCCAUGUUCAGAGCCAUUGUGCAUACCUGGCCCGGCAUCAGAGACAACCCGAAUGGUCUGGCUGGCGUGGCGGACGCUCUCUGCAAGGUACAUGGCCCGAGGGGGCUCGGCGACGCUACGACAUUCAACACGACCAUCAACAUCUGGGAGACGAAGAACAGCUUAAUCAAGAUGGGAUAUGAUGGCAACCCCGAUCCUACCGACGUUGGUCGCCUGUGGAACGAGGGUCUGGCAUUCUGGGGCUGGAUGUUCUAUAUCAGCAAGUUCUACGAGGUCCUCGACACUCUGAUUAUCCUCGCGAAGGGCAAGCGCAGUGCAACUUUGCAGACGUACCAUCAUGCAGGCGCCAUGCUGUGUAUGUGGGCUGGCAUCAGAUAUAUGAGCCCACCGAUCUGGAUGUUCGUCUUCAUCAACAGCGCAAUUCAUGGCAUGAUGUACACUUACUUCGCGCUCUCGGCGCUGGGCUACCGUGUACCAAAGGGACUCAAGCGUACCUUGACCUCGAUGCAAAUUGCUCAAUUCGUCUUCGGCGCGAGCUACGCCGCGGCUCACCUCUUCGUUGCAUACGAUAUCCCGGUCUCGACUCCUUACCAGGUCGCUUCCGUGAUUGAACGCGCCGCUUCCAGCAUCAGCUCUGCGGCUGCUGAAGCCAGCACGACUAUCUCCAGUGUGGUGGCUACACCAACUGCUAGAGCAUUGGCACCACUAAUCAAGAAGUUCUUGCUUCGUGCUGCUGGCGAAGAGGGUAUGGCCGAGCGCGUUCGCGACGAGCGUCAUCAGUAUAUCACACCUCAUAUAGAAGAGAAGAUCGAACACUUCAAUGAGCAGACAUACGAGACCCGCUGGCGCACAGAGUAUACCAAGGUCAACUGCAUCGACACUUCUGGCGAAGCAUUCGCCAUCUACCUCAAUCUACUUUACCUGGCACCAUUGACGUUCCUUUUCGGUCGCUUUUUCGUCAAAGCAUAUACUCAGCGUGGUAAGCCCAGGACUGCAUCUCAGGCCGGCAAGCAGACGAUCGACUCCUCCAAGCAAGCCGAAGAGGAGACCGAGCGCUACAUCGAGAAGAGCGGCAAAGAAAUCGAAGACGAGAUUGCCAAGCGUGGCCCAGAUGCUGCCGAGCAGAUUCGCCAGAAGACUGCCGACGUUCAUGAUCAAUUGAGGCGCGAUGUUGAAGAGAUGAAGCAGGGCAAGUUCAAGGGUUCGAGGCGUGUGUCUGAUCGCGUAGCCAGCUUCGAGAAGCAGACCAAGAGUGCGGUCAAUAAGGCCAAAGAGCAGAUCAACGAUGCGAUGAGCAGCACACGAUCGAAAACCAAUGGUAGCGGUAGUGGCACACCUAAGCAGGACGAUGCCAUCGAGGAAGACGAGGCUGAAGAGCAGCAGGAUGAUCAGGCUGGUGAGGGCGCAGAAGAGGAACAGGAGCAGGCGAAGGAUAAUGUGUCUGGUCAGUCUGCAGGACAGAGCGAGGGUGCGGGUGAGAAAGACAUGGAGGAGAAGGACGACAAUAAGGAGAACCAGCCUCCAACUUCUGCUUCACGUGAAGAACCGAAGCAGGACGACGACAAGAAGGAUCAAACUUCAGCCUCUGGUUCGUCCGAGAAAUCGAAGCAGGACGACGAUAAGAAGAGCCAGCCGUCAGCCUCUACUCCAUCCGCGAAACCAGAACAGGAUGAUAGCAAGACCAACGACAACAAGGAUCAAUCCUCAUCCACUGCGCCCAAGUCUGAAAGCCAGCGGAAGCAGGGUAGCUCACCUAGAAAGCUGGCAAGAAACGACAAGUCGCAGAACGACAAGGCCAGCCAAGAUCAAAAACAAAGUGGGAUUCCUCGGGCUGCGUCUCCAAGCAAAUCUGACAGGAAGGCGUCGCCGAGCAAGUCCGAUAUAAAACCCACCGAUCCAAAGUCGAACGCCAAGCAGGAACAGCCAUCGAGCCAGGAGUCCAAGAACGGCAAGGACAGCCAGGCCGGUAAGCAAAGUGGCAGGCCGCAGAGCUCUCAGUCCGGCAAGCCCGAUAGCAAAUCUUCCGACCAGAAGUCCAAUGACAAGCCGGCGCAAGGUGCUGGCAACAAGGACAAGCAAAGCAAGCCAGACCAGAAGCAGGGCAAUUCGAAGCCUGCAAAGGCAGGUGCUGAGGGCGACAAGUCAGGUAAGGCCGAAAGCCAGAAUGAGUCCGAGGAGCAGCAAGAUGCCAACAUGGCAGAUUCUCAGGCUGUUCGACCAGGCGACACUGUGGAAAAGUCCGAGCAGCCCAAGGGCAAGGAUGACUCCAAGGCUCAGUCUGGCGACCAGUCAGGUGAUAAAAAAGACGAAGGUAACGACAAGAAGGAAGAUGACGAUGACAACGACACCGAUGCCAUGGGCAAGAGUGGCUCUAUCAUCGAUAUCGCACAGGAGAAGGCUAAGGAGGCCCAGACGGAGGCGAAGGAGGCCAGGCAUGAGGAAGAGGAGGACCCGGCCAAAGGUGCCGAGCCCUCUGGUGAGCAAUGGAAGUCUCCGAACGACGGCGACAAGGACUCGUGA